AUGGAUCGACACAAUCAAGUGAGCAUCGAGCUUACCAACAGCUUAUCCGCCUUACUUGAUGCUGCACGAAAUGAAGAGCUUGCUUCAGCGUUGCAUCUUCUUUCCACCGAGCCGCGUGAAGUCUUAAGCCGGGUUUUAUCGAGUUCCGUCAUUUCUACGUCCCCAUCCGCAUUACCCAACACCGAACAGCACACAGCCUCUAUUGGUUAUCGCAGCAUCGGCUUUGGCCAAUGUGGAAUUAUCUUCGAGCGGCCUGGGCAUGCCUAUGCGAUAAAAAUCGCCCGUCCAUCAUUCGAAAAUGCCCUUUGGACAGAUUUCCAAGCCCAUCUCGCGGUAUACCAGGCGUUCACAAACCAGUCCGUCGAAGUACGGGUUCCCAACAUUUUUUCAUACGUCCCAAAGACAAACGAUAAGUGGUGGGACUCCCAUAUCAACCUGUUUGGAUCACACCUCUCUUUCCCUCUACCGGCAAUGGCAUUGAUCACAGAACGAAUACUUCCACUGCCUAAGCUUGCUCGACAAGCUCUCAUCGAUACCUAUUGCCCAGCUUCCUCGAAGCUGGCCGUGGCAUCUCAAGACACUAACCGUGAUUGUCUCGCCCGUAUCUAUCUUGGUCGUCGGCGUGGUGCGAAUGACCCGCCAUCACGCAAUUUUACAUUGAGAAACUUCAACUUGUGCCUCGAUCAGAUGAUCGAGCUGGAUCUACCCAUCCAGCAUUAUGCUAGAGCUAUUGGCCAAGCUUUAGCGAUCAUGCACUGCUCAGCAAACGUGGAUUGCUACGAUGUUGAAUUUGUGCUGGGGAGCGAAGGAGAGACAUACACCCAGGAUGUCUCUCGUUCGUUGGGACUCAGCGCAGAAAAUAUCAUGGAGAUGGCCCCUCACUCAGACCUGGAAAGCAUGAGACGUGACAAGCUUCAACGCCGAGCCACUUGUGUAUGGGUUCUCGACUUCAAUUUGUGCAAUAUAUGGGAGGAACGAAAGGGACUGGAAAGGCCGGAUGACUUGAUAGCUCAUCUCGUGGAUGCUUUUUUCGAGAACGAUCCAUAUUACCCCCGCCCAUCGGAAGAUUCUGAGCCCGAAAUGUCUCUCUGGAUUACGUUCAGCUCUUCAUACCUAGAUGUAGCAGCAAGGCUACUGUCAGUUGCAGGGAAGGAUCCACGACUCGGGUUGCUUCCACAAAAGUUCAUUGAUGCUUGUGUGUCAGGACAAUCGGAGAUUAUAGCGCAGCGCAAUUGA